CGGGAAACCCUGCAUUCAUUUUGUAAAGAUGGUGUUUAAAAAUAGUGGAAUAUAUUUGGGUGAUCGACGCGUGCUGUUUUGAGAUACAAUAGAGACGUUCUGUGAGUCGCUCCAGUUACGGAUACAUCCCCGGGAUUGAGACACCAGAGGAAGAAGAGAGGCCUACGGUAUAGGACUGACCAAGACAGGACGUGGAUAUUUGAGGACAUGUGCACAUCUGGAGCAGCCUGAGCAACCGGACCAGGACCAGGAAACUAGGGAAACAUUUUCCACGCCAUUUUCCACACCUUUUCUAUUUUUUUUUUUUUCUUUUCCUUUUUUUUUCUCACUUGAUUGAUACCCAUCCACUCCCAUCAUCAUAGCAUCUCUUUAAGUGGAACACGUGUUUUUUUUUUCACUCCCUCAUCCAAACAAGUAUAUAUAUCCCAUUUUUCUCUGUAGAAGGGUCCCACUGAACCGGCAAAAUAAGUUUCCCCGUGCCCCCCCACUUGUCCCACCGCAGCCAGUCGUCCAGUCACUUCCCCCUGGAUCCGCACGGCAAACGGGCCCAUUCCGCACCAAAGCUGAAUCCCUACAGCCGAUCCAGGAUGACGGAGGCGUGGCAGCAGCACGCCGUGGCCCCGCCCCCGCCGGUGGUGCACACCAUCCCACCGGGGGCCGAGAGCUCCCUGGGCUGCGCCGUGUACGGCAUAGUGCUGCAGCCGGACCCUGCCCUACAGCAGCAGCAGCAGGCCCAGCAGCCGCAAGCGCAGCCCCAAACGCAGCCGCCGCAGCCGCACCACGGGCAGCAGCACGGCCAGCAGCAGCAUCCGGCGCAGGCGCAGCAGCCCUCCCUGCAGGUAGGGGGCGAGGGCGGCCACAAGUGCGGCGCUUGCGGCCACGACAUCUCCCACCUGGCCAACCCGCAUGAGCACCAGUGCAUGGUGAGCCAAGACCGCUCAUUCCAGUGCACCCAGUGCCUGAAGAUCUUCCACCAGGCCACGGAUCUCCUGGAGCACCAGUGCGUGCAGGUGGAGCAGAAGCCGUUCGUGUGCGGCGUCUGCAAGAUGGGCUUCUCCCUGCUCACCUCCCUGGCGCAGCACCACAACGCCCACAACAGCACCAACCCCAUGAAGUGCUCCAUCUGCGAGAAGACCUACCGGCCAGGAUCUGGCAACGCCACCCCGACCUCUAGUGCCAACCCCCAGCAGCCCUCCUCCGAUGCGGCCACAGCUAGUGGCAGUGCCGCUGUGGGCACCUCCUCCCAGCCCACCUUCGAGCCGUCGGUGCCCGACAGGCCCUACAAGUGCUCAGUAUGUUCCAAGGGCUUCCGCCAUCUGUCCGAGUUGACGCGCCACGAGCGUGUCCACACCGGGGAGAAGCCGUACAAGUGCGAGACGUGCGACAAGAGCUUCAGCCAGAUGUCCCACCUGCAGCACCACCACCGCACACACAGCUCAGAGCGGCCCUACAAAUGUGCCGUGUGCGAGAAGACCUUCAAGCACCGCUCACACCUGGUGCGCCAUAUGUAUGCCCAUUCCGGCGAGCACCUGUUUAAGUGCAACCUGUGCGAGCUGCACUUCAAAGAGUCAUCCGAGUUGCUCCACCACACAUGCCAGCCCCAAGGUGCACGACCAUUCCGCUGCGCAACGUGCGGGAAGGGCUUCAAGCGGCCGUCGGACCUUCGCCAGCACGAGCGCACGCACUCGGAGGAGCGACCCUACCACUGCGAAGACUGUCAGAUGAGCUUUAAGCAGCAGUACGCGUUGGUGCGCCACCGUCGCACGCACAAAGCCUCCGCCGAUCGCCCCUUCAAGUGCAACCUGUGCGACAAGGGCUUCCUGCAGCCCUCGCACCUUCUCUACCACCAGCACGUCCACGGCAUGGACAAUCUGUUCAAGUGUGCGUCAUGUGGGAAGGGCUUCAGCCAGUCGGGCGAGCUCUUGCGCCACAAGUGUGGCGAGGCCUCGUCGAGCAGUAACUCUGACAAGCCGUACAAGUGCGAUGUGUGCGGGAAAGGUUACAAAAAAGCGGCGACGUUGCAGCGUCACCAGAACGCGCACUGUGCUGAGAAGCCUCUGAAGUGUUCGCUGUGUGACCGCAGAUUCCUCUCCUCCUCCGAGUUCGUGCAGCACCGCUGCGAUCCGUCCCGCGAGAAGCCGCUGAAGUGUCCUGACUGCGAAAAGCGCUUCAAGUACACCUCGGAGCUGGCACGACACAGGCGCGUGCACACGGGCGAGAAGCCCUAUAAGUGCUCAAGCUGCGAUAAGUGCUUCAAGCAGAGGGAACACCUGGCCAAGCACCAGAGCGUUCACGCUCGCGACGCCCAGUUCAAGUGCGUGUGGUGUGGAGAGCGCUUCGGUGACCUGGGGGCGCUGCAGGAGCACACGGUCCAGCACACCGCCGAGGGGGGCGGAUAUCCCGUCCCGUCCCUCAUCCAAUAAGGCCCACACAACCCUCCCCUCCCCCUCCGUCCCCGUGAGGGGAAUGGCCGAUGAAAUAUUCCAGCCGGAGGCCGAAGGCCCCUUCCUAAUAUCCCAAAUUUCCACCUAGCCCCCCUCUUACCCUGUUACACAGAACCCCUUCCCCUCAGAUAAGAAGCUACCUUUUCAUCAAGCAUCAAUGUGUGUGUGCGUGUGUGUGCGUGCGUGCAAAAGAUUUUUUCGUGGAUGAGGGAUGGUGCCACAAACUGAUUUUGUUUUUUUCCCUCCGUUUUUUGAACUUUUGAGGCUGUUGAAGACUCCCUCCCUGCAAUAUACACAGACAUACAUGCAUACACACACACACACACCUACCUGCCCCCUUCCUAGUUAUGCUAAAAUAUGUUCACUUGCCUGUUCCUUAUUUCUCAAACAUAAUCACUCACCCCCAUCCUGUACACACACACACACACACACACACCAUGCUGAAGAGAGGUGUUACUCAGACUGACUGUCUCAUUUUGAGAUGAAGGAACAGGAAUGAGGAACGGUUCCCUUGUGGGCUCCAGCGAAACGGUUCUGUGGUGGUGGGUGGGAGAUUCCGGCCUCUUAUCUCACACACAGACCCACCCCUACCCCCCUUCUC